AUGAGCAAUCAAUCUGGUGCUUACAGUGGAACAUCAGGUGGCCGAGCUCGUGGAAGAAUUGUUGGUGUGCCAAAGAAAUGUUGGUGUGGGGAAUUAGUGGUAGAGAAAAUCUCUAAAUCCGACCCAAAUCCAUAUCGUCGAUACUAUAGGUGUGGAUUUGCUGCUACAGAGAGGCUUGUCAAUGAUAAUCAUGCUUUUAAGUGGAUUGAUGAGGCAUUGGUGAAUGAAGUGGAGACAUUGCGUUCUCGUUUGGAUAGGCUAGAAGAGGAUGUGAGGGAGAUUACAGCAGACAAGAUAAUGCUUGAGAAUAUGGUGAUUGAGAAGAUUCAAACGAAGAUGGAGAGAGAGGUUUUUGAGCGAGUGGAAGAGACAUUGGCAGCAACAAAAUCCGAUGUGAAGAAAAUGAUGCUUGUUGUCAUUGUUGGUUGCAUGGUUAUUGUUGGUUGUAGUAAGCUAGUAGGUUGA